UGGCGCACAUGGAGCGCCUCAUUGGGGCGCUGCGCACUUCGCGAUUCGCACCCGAUCGAGUAUGAACUGGCAGCGCUUUCAAACGACCGAGUUUGGCGCGAUCGUCGACAACGUGAUCACUGCGCCAUGGGCGACGAUGACGUCGACACCGACGAACCCAGAGCACUACAUGGCCAACUGCAUCUACGUCGACGCGUCCGUGUUGCCUCCAGCGGAUACGGACUUGGACGCAAUGGAGACCAUCCAGCGCCAGGCCCACGCGCGCGUUGUCUAUCAGUUUAUCGAUGCCAAGGCCACGAUGGCCCCGUAUGCGUCCGAGUGGAAGACCUGUCUCAAGGCACGUGGUCUCGAGAUCGAGAUGACGCCGGCGUGGCUCCUUGCCUUUGAUCUGGCGACGCAAAUGGUGCCGGCACCAAUCCAUGCGACGCGAGUGCUGACCACGGUGGACGAGAUCUUGGAUGCUGAUGGCGGCGCGUCACCGUACAACAGUGAUGCGUGGUGUCGGCACCUUCGCUUGCAGCAGCUCGCGCGCGGUCCGAGCUACGGCUGCUUCGUGUCGUCGGUGGACUCGGAGAACAAUGCCAGCGUGGGUGUUGUCUCGUUGCAUCUCGCGUCGGACGGUGUCGCGAUCGUCAACUGGUGCGGCGUGCCCGAGGCCCAUCGGCGGCACGGCCAUGCGACGAGCGCACUAGUGCGGGCGUUGGCGUAUGCGCGCGACGAGCUCCACUGCACGCAUGUCUACUUGACGGCGGUCGACGACGGGCCGAUCCAGCUAUAUCAACGAGUGGGUUUCACGAUCGUGGACGCCGGCGACGAAGUCCAGUGCCUUGGUCCACUGCUCACGCCGUAAGAACACUCGAUUAAAGUUUAAUGCCGAGAACGCAAGCUUUCGCACCC